GGAAAACAGUGGUGAUGAAGGGUGGGCGAAGAGCAGGUGGAAGCUGCCCUUUGGGACCGAUCAGAGAGAGGAGCUAAGGAGCCAAGGAUGGAAACAGAGGGACUGUGCACAGAAGAGAUGGAAAAUGAAAUAACCAGACAAAGGAAGGAGGUUUGCAAUAUAAGACUUGACUUGGCAAUGUAAGAAAGGGAAGAGACAAAAACAGUCUCCCAGCAAAACAUUGGAAUUUAACUUUCACAGCUGCAAAAGGAAAACAAUUGCUUCCCACACAAAAAUAACUGAUGGGCUGCAUUGAUGAGAAGAUGUCUGAGGAAUUUCAAUUAAAAGCCAGCAACGCUGACAAAGGCAACAAGAUUGAAGUGUUCAAAGGUUAUGCUGGUGGGCGACUCGGGGGUCGGCAAAACAUGCUUGCUGGUGCGCUUCAAAGACGGCGCCUUCCUGGCGGGCAGCUUCAUUUCCACCGUUGGGAUCGACUUCAGGAAUAAGGUGCUGACGGUGGAUGGGGUGAAGGUGAAGCUGCAGAUCUGGGACACGGCAGGACAGGAGCGCUUCCGCAGCGUCACGCACGCCUACUACCGGGACGCCCACGCCCUGCUCCUGCUCUACGAUGUCACCAACAAAGCGUCCUUCGACAACAUCCAGGCCUGGCUGACAGAGAUUCAUGAAUACGCGCAGCAGGACGUGGUCCUCAUGCUGCUGGGAAACAAGGUGGAUUCCGCCCAGGACAGAGUGGUGAAAAGGGAAGAUGGAGAAAAAUUAGCCAAGGAGUACGGCGUGCCCUUUAUGGAGACCAGCGCAAAAAGCGGCCUAAACGUUGAAUUAGCGUUCACAGCCAUCGCCAAGGAACUGAAGCACAGGUCCAUGAAGCUGCCCAACGAGCCCAAAUUCAAGCUCCACGACUACGUGAAGAAGGAAGUGAGGGGCUCAGGCUGCUGCCGGUCCUAAUGCGCUCGGUGCAUUUGUACAGAGACUCAUGCCACGUGUUUGUGCGCCGCGCUCUCUCCUCGUGGACAGUGUGUGCAUGUCUGUCUUGUGUCUGUAUCCGCGUAAAAGGUGAGCUGAGACGUGCGGGGUGAAGGCAGCAGCGGGAAAAGCUCUUUGGGCCGGCGCUGAGGCCGGCCAUGCUGCACCACAUGCCAGGCACGUUCCCCCGACCCCAUGGCACCCACCCACACCAGGGGCGCUCCGGUCCCCGCAGGGUAAUGCAUUUCCCUGGCCGGGCUGCUCUGCUCCUGCCCGGCUCGGAGCCGCUCUGCCCGCUGCAGGCAGGAGGGGACGCGGGGAAGGAGCUGGGUCGGCGCGGCCACGGCUCCCUCCAGGUUCCGCCAGCGGUUCAGCCAGGAGCACCCUGGGGUUGCUUUAAUGCGAGGGGGAAUGAUGGGGCCCGGGGGAGGGAGUGCCUGCUCCCCACCAAAAUCUGGGUAGGAAAAAAUCCUGAAUUCACUUUUCCCACAUACCCGGAAUUCAGCUGAUCAGAUCCUUGGCCUGGGGCACACAGGAAAGCUUUGUUUUCAAGGCAACCGUUUUUUAGCUGCUUAUUUAUGUCUGUCAGUCCUUCCCGUGUUGUAACAUAGCUCCUCGGUGAAGAUUUCUCCUCCUCCCCGCAGAAGACAAGAGCUUAGAUGUCUGUUUGAGUAAGCUCCCGCAAACAUCUGUUGUACAGGGGUUUCCUGACUGUUGAUCUGUUCGGUGAAGGCUUUGGUUCUCUCACUACAGCCGUUUCUUGUACUUUAAUGAGGAGAAAGCUAACGUCCUGCAGCUUAUUCCUAACCCCUUCAUGUAAGCACGAUAGCUUUUUUAGACUGCAACAGUGCUUUGCUCCAAAGUUCUCUUGGGACAGCUUGCUCUUCUAAAGGAAGAAAGCCGAGGAGGAUGCUGUAGGCAGCGACUGCCAGGUUUGAGACUUCUGCCAGCUCUCUUCAAGGGACUCCUCAGCCCUUUUGUCUGUGCCAGGCACGUGGCUUUUGCUUUUUUUAAGGUUGCACUUCUAAGUACCAAUUACAACUUUGGAGGAAGUGUUUGGCCUCUGGCAAUUUUCUUAUUAAAAUUCUACCCGCACGACAGGGGGUGCCCUGCUGCACCGACCCCUGUGCACUGCACCAAACAGAGCACUUAAAUCAACCCGUCCCUCACCAACGCCAGCUCCCAGCAGUUAGCUCAGCUGCACCUGCCCCUUGUCGCAGCAGGGGUGCCAGCCCGAGCUGCAGCAGUGUUCCAAAACCUACUGGGAAAAGAGCAUUUUUUUUCUGCAUAGCUUUUUAGGGAGAAAUCUCUGUUACCUGACUUAAGUUUUGUUAAAAACCCUGUUCCUCGGGGAACGUUUGCAGCAACCAGCCUGGAGCAGCCCCGCUGCUGUGCAUUGCUGGGCAGCACCUGCUCCUUGCUGGCUGCAGCAUGCAGGGCCCAGGGGGAGGCAGCAAGGGCGGCCUCCUGUUCUGCCUCAGCCCUUCCCAGCACCAGAGGCAUCCCACCUGAGGCACAGAAGAGCAACAGGCAGCUUAAACCCCUGGGUCUGUUCCCAAGCCUGCCUUUGGUAUUUUCUCAGAAUAACUCAGUGUAAGAGCAGCCCCUCUCCCAAGGUGCCAUUGCAGCAUGGACACUACCCCCUGCCCCCUCCUCCCAGGCAGGACACCUCGCAUCUUUGGCCAUCCUGAAAAAGCUGACAGCUCUUGGUACCUUGGGUGGGACCAAGAACAGUCUAAAAACAAUUUAAAUAGAGCAGCUGCGAGCACUACUCUCUGGCUAUGCCUGUCAGGACCUAGCCAGUACACAGAAACAGCCGCAGUUGUGGUACUUCUAACCCACCCAAACUGAAGGGACACUCAGCCCGUCCACCCCCUCACCAGUUCCCUGUGCACCGCUCACCUCCCGCUGCCUGCACACCAGCCUUGCUGCUGAAGCACCCCUCCACUCUUCUUCGGCGUUUUUACAUGGGCCUCUACUGCCACCACGCGACGCAGAAUGGUUCAGUGCAUCCAAGCAAGCCGAGGACUUGGCCUGACGUGACAAGCACUUCUCAUUUCCGCUGGCUCUUGUUUACAGCUUUUGUUUCAUUCCUGUUAAUAAAUUUUUUUAAUAAUC